CUGAGAGCGUUGCUCGGAACUGCCUGGAAACUUCAGUGGGAGCGACAACUUUACCAGUUUCGGUCCAGGAACUUUUCUUUGCAAAAGAGACGGGGUGCAAGUAGCCCCGGUUUCGUUCUCUGUUUUCCCUCCCUCCUCCUCCGCUCCGAUUCGCCUUCCCCGGGUUUGGAGCGGUCAACUGAGCACUGGCCACCCAGCGCCUCUGCUAAGCGCUCGCCGCCGCAGCCGGGUGACGCGCCAACCUCCCCGGGAGCCGUUCGCUCGGCGUCCGCGUCCCGGCAGCUGAGGGAAGAGGAGCCCCAGCCGCCGCGGCUUCUCUCCUUUCCCGGCCACCCGCCCCCUGCCCCGGGCUCGCGUAUGAAUCUCCUGGACCCCUUCAUGAAGAUGACCGACGAGCAGGAGAAGGGCUUGUCUGGCGCCCCCAGCCCCACCAUGUCGGAGGACUCGGCUGGUUCGCCCUGCCCCUCGGGCUCAGGCUCCGACACGGAGAACACACGGCCCCAGGAGAACACGUUCCCCAAGGGCGAGCCGGAUCUGAAGAAGGAGAGCGAGGAAGAUAAAUUCCCAGUGUGCAUCCGCGAGGCGGUCAGCCAGGUGCUGAAGGGCUACGACUGGACCCUGGUGCCCAUGCCGGUGCGCGUCAACGGCUCCAGCAAGAACAAGCCACACGUCAAGCGGCCCAUGAACGCCUUCAUGGUGUGGGCGCAGGCUGCGCGCAGGAAGCUGGCAGACCAGUACCCGCAUCUGCACAACGCGGAGCUCAGCAAGACUCUGGGCAAGCUCUGGAGACUGCUGAACGAGAGCGAGAAGAGACCCUUCGUGGAGGAGGCGGAGCGGCUGCGCGUGCAGCACAAGAAAGACCACCCCGAUUACAAGUACCAGCCCCGGCGGAGGAAGUCGGUGAAGAAUGGGCAAGCAGAGGCCGAAGAGGCCACCGAACAGACUCACAUCUCUCCUAACGCCAUCUUCAAGGCGCUGCAAGCGGACUCCCCGCACUCCUCCUCGGGCAUGAGUGAGGUGCACUCCCCGGGCGAGCACUCCGGGCAAUCUCAGGGUCCACCGACCCCACCCACCACUCCCAAAACAGACGUGCAAGCUGGGAAAGUUGAUCUGAAACGAGAGGGGCGCCCUCUGGCAGAGGGUGGCAGACAGCCCCCCAUCGACUUCCGCGACGUGGACAUCGGUGAGCUGAGCAGCGACGUCAUCUCCAACAUCGAGACCUUCGACGUCAAUGAGUUUGACCAAUACCUGCCGCCCAACGGCCACCCAGGGGUGCCGGCCACCCACGGCCAGGUCACCUACACUGGCAGCUAUGGCAUCAGCAGCACCGCACCCACUCCAGCGACCGCGGGCCACGUGUGGAUGUCAAAGCAACAGGCGCCGCCCCCUCCUCCACAGCAGCCCCCGCAGGCCCCGCAAGCCCCACAGGCGCCUCCGCAGCAGCAAGCACCCCCGCAGCCGCAGCAGGCACCCCAGCAGCAGCAGGCGCACACGCUCACCACGCUGAGCAGCGAGCCAGGCCAGUCCCAGAGAACGCACAUCAAGACGGAGCAACUGAGCCCGAGCCACUACAGCGAGCAGCAGCAGCACUCCCCGCAACAGAUCUCCUACAGCCCCUUCAACCUUCCGCACUACAACCCCUCCUACCCAACCAUCACGCGCUCGCAGUAUGACUACACCGACCACCAGAACUCCGGCUCCUACUACAGCCACGCAGCCGGCCAGGGCUCGGGGCUCUACUCCACCUUCACCUACAUGAACCCAGCGCAGCGCCCCAUGUACACCCCCAUCGCUGACACCUCCGGGGUCCCUUCCAUCCCGCAGACCCACAGCCCUCAGCACUGGGAACAACCCGUCUACACACAGCUCACCAGACCCUGAGGAGACCUUGAAGAGCAAUGGUGACAGAGUUGAUCUUUUUUUUUUUUUUUUUUAAAGAAGAAAAGGAAAAAGAAAACGCUGAAGAAAAUCAAGAACCAAUUGAAAUUCCUUUGGACACUUUUUUUUUUUUUUUGGUCUGUCGUUAUUUUUUAAAGAUGUAAGUGAAGGUAACGAUUGCUGAGAUUCCAGGAGAGAGACUUUAAGACAUUAUCUGAGCUCAUGCAAACACGUUGCAAAUGGCCGGGCCAUUCGUGGCCAGAUGGACCCACCAGCAUCAGUGAGGAAGGGCUUGGCUCCUUCAGAGUUAGUGAGGAGGAUGAUUGGAGAAUCUCCCUGCCUGUUUGGACUUUGUAAUUAUUUUUUAGCCGUAAUUAAAGGAAAAAAAAAGUCCUCUGUGAGGAAUAUUCUCUAUUUUAAAUACUUUUAGUAUGUACUGUGUAUGACUCAUUACCAUUUUGAGGGGAUUUAUACAUAUUUUAGAUAAAAAAAAAGUUAAAUGCUCUUAUUUUUCCAACAGCUUAACUUCUCCUAGUUCAAGAGUGUCCCCUAGCCUUCCUUGCAACCAGAGUAUUUUUGUACAGAUUUGCUUUCUCCUAAACAGACAAAAAAACAAAAACAAAAACAAAACAAACAAAAAAAAUGGAAAAAAGAAAAAGAAAAAAAGCGUGUUGUUAUAGUAACAUAAGCAAUAUACAGAAUUUUGUUACACCAUCAGUUUUGGGGGUGAGCUUUGAUUAAUUCCCCAGGCUCUCAGAUUUCAGGAGCAGCUGCCUUAAAAAAAGAAAGAGAGAAAGAGAAAAAGAAAGAAAGAAAGAAAGAAAGAAAGAAAGAAAGAAAGAAAGAAAG